AUUACCUGAUAUGUGUUAGUAAGAAUCCCAGGAAUAAUUUCUAUCAAAAUCUACACCAACGGCCGCGCGCUUUUUCAUUUUCCUUUUUAUUUACAUCAAUUUUAACUAAACCGUAAUUAAAUAGGAAUUUAGCUUCAAGCAGCUUUCGUUAGAGAAAAAAAAAAGGGUUAGCUUUACCAUCGAAACUGUUUUUGUAAGAUUAGAACACCGCACACUCGUGCAGAUUGAGACAGAAAACUGUUUUGUAGAGGAAGUUUGAGAAAUGGAGUCCACUGACAAAAGUGGUGAGAGAAAGUUUCAGAAAAGCUAUUUUGACGUGGUGGGACUUUGCUGUUCAUCUGAAGUUCCGUUAGUGGAGAGGAUACUCAAUUCGCUUGACGGCGUUAAGGACUUUUCCGUUAUAGUCCCGACCAAGACAGUGAUUGUCGUUCACGAUUCUCUCAUCACAUCCCAGAUUCAAAUAGUUAAGGCACUGAACCAAGCUAGGCUAGAGGCGAACAUCAGAGCAUACGGCAAAACAAGCUACAAGAACAAAUGGCCGAGCCCUUAUGCUGUCAUAAGUGGUUUACUACUAAUGCUCUCAUUUUUGAAGUACUUUUACAGCCCUCUUAGAUGGCUAGCCAUAGGUGCAAUAGCUGUUGGGAUUGUGCCCAUCACUCUCAAGGCUCUUGCUUCACUUCGCAAUCUCACCAUCGACAUCAAUAUUCUUGUUUUGAUCGCAGUUUCAGGGUCAAUUGCCCUUCAUGAUUACUGGGAAGCUGCAACUAUUGUUUUCCUAUUUACUGUAGCAGAGUGGCUAGAGUCAAGAGCAAGUCAUAAGGCAACUGCGGUGAUGUCAUCAUUAGCCACUGUGGUUCCCCAAAGAGCAGUCCUAGCCGAUACAGGCGAAGAAGUCAAUGCUGAUGAAGUCAAACUAAACACCGUUUUAGCCGUGAAGGCUGGUGAAGUCAUACCUAUAGAUGGGGUAGUUGUAGAUGGUAAUUGUGAAGUUGACGAGAAGUUUUUAACAGGAGAGUCGUUUCCUGUUUCAAAGCAAAAAGAGUCCACUGUCUGGGCCAGCACUAUCAAUCUCAAUGGGUAUAUUACGGUUAAAACCACAUCGAUGGCUGAAGAUUGUGUGGUGGCGAGAAUGGCGAAGCUUGUGGAAGAUGCUCAAAACAAGAAAUCGAGAACUCAGAGAAUUAUAGAUAAGUGUGCCAAAUACUACACGCCAGCCAUAGUGGUGAUAUCAACUUCUCUGGCCCUUGUCCCGGUUGCAUUCCCAGUCCACAAUAAGAAACAGUGGUUUCAUCUCUCCCUAGUCAUUUUGGUUAGUGGCUGCCCAUGUCCUCUUCUCUUAUCCACGCCGGUCGCCAUGUUUUGUGCCCUCUCCAAAGCAGCAAGAUUCGGAGUCCUAGUUAAAGGAGCCGAGCAUCUCGAGACCCUCGCUCGAGUAAAGAUCAUGGCCUUCGACAAAACCGGCACCAUAACCAGGGGUGAAUUCCUCGUGGCUGAUUUUAGAUCUCUUCACGAUAAUCUUAGCUUCCAUACAUUGUUGUACUGGAUUGCAAGUAUCGAGAGCAAGUCGAGUCACCCAAUGGCAGUGGCCCUGGUUGAGUUUGCAAGGGCGCGUGGUGUCCACCCAGAGCCGGAGAAAGUGGAGAGCUUCGAGAUUUUUGCAGGGGAAGGGAUACACGGGAGAAUUGAGGAUCUCGAUAUAUAUGUCGGGAAUGGGAAAAUUGCUUCUCGAGCAGGUUGUGUUGAUCUUCCUAAGCUGGAAGGCUACGACACAGAGGGAAAGUCGGUUGGGUAUGUUUUCCUGGGCUCCUCUCGAGCCGGCAUAUUCUGUUUAUCAGACAUGUGCCGAACGGGAGCCGAGGAAGCACUUAAGGAGCUCAAGUCAAUGGGCGUCAAGCCUGUUAUGUUGACUGGGGAUUCUUAUGAAGCUGCCAACCAUGCAAAAAAUCAGUUAGGAGGAGCCCUAGAGACGGUCCAUGCUGAGCUCCUGCCCCAGGACAAAGAAAAUAUUAUCAAAGAGCUCCAAGAGACUGUGGGGCCCACAGCCAUGGUUGGGGACGGGUCAAACGAUGCCCCUGCGCUGGCCACAUCAGACGUGGGCAUCUCGAUGGGUGUGUCUGGGUCGGCACUGGCUACAGAAACUGGGGACAUCGUGCUCAUGUCCAACGACAUUGGCCGCAUCCCCAAGGCCGCACGCCUCGCUAGGCGCGUCCGGCGCAAGAUCAUAGAGAACGUGGCCCUGUCGGUGUCCACUAAGGCCGCAAUCGUGGGGCUGGCGGCCGCCGGCCACCCACUCGUCUGGGCUGCGGUGCUAGCAGACGUGGGCACAUGCCUGCUCGUCAUAUUCAACAGCAUGCUGCUAUUGAGGGGAGUUGCCACGCCCCACACCCAUGCCCACUCUCCAAAGGAAUCCCCAGGCCACGCUUGCUGUGGAGAAAAGGGCCAACCUUGUGUGACACCACAGAAGUUGGAUGGGCAGGUAAUGCACGAAAAUCAUCAUGAAAAGCACAAUCACUGCGGAGGAAAAUCGAGUACCCAGAGACAGAGUUGCUGCACAAAGAGUAGCUUAACAAAUCAUCAUCAUCAUGAGCAUCAACAUUCAGAGUCUCACAACCAUCAACAUUCACAGUGCCACAAUCAUCAACAACAUCAACAUUCGAAAAAUCACGCUACUGUUGAGGUUCAUUUGACUUCGGAAACAAAACACUGCCACGGAGGAGGAUGCUGCAACAAAAAUAUGGGACAACUAGAGAGUGAUCCCAGAGUCGGACUGUCACAAAUUAUCAUUGAAUAAAAGUUAGUUAAUGUCGCGUAUAAAUCAACAAACUUCACUACACAUAAGCUGUAUGUAGAACAAUUUAUUUUGUUCUAUAAAUUUGCUAUUUGUCAAGUGUGAAAAUGGGGUGUCCAUCAGGUAAAAACAAGUUGUGGCUUUGUUUUCUUUUCAGGAGAUGAAAUCAUUCUGGGUAAUUUUAAUCAGUGGAAAGUCAUGUUGUGCAAUUUUUGUUUUGCUGUUAUACUUGGAAUGAAUACUAUUGCACCAGUAAAGCUCCUU